GUAACCUUAGGUUGCCGGUGACGGUGUUUGUGGCGGAGGUAUUGGAGUAUUAUCACCUCCAUAUCUCCCAGCUUAGUCCUUUCGGAAUGUUCCGAAUUCGGAAUUUUGAGUACACAUUCCGUGCCCAUGGCCUGCCCAUUUCAGUGGAGAAUUUCCGGCGUUUCUACCAGUUGACGGUGAACACCGGUUUUUUCUCGUUCACUCAAAGGCAUGGGAGUCUGAAGUUGAUGACACCCCCUAAGGGUGUGACAGGCUGGAAGAAGAGGUUCUUCUACGUGAAAGCCUGUGCGGUCUAUGCUAACAUGUCUUUCAGGAACGUCGAUGUUGGAGUUUCCGAUGAAGAUAUUCCUGUUGCUUCCGCAAAGACCGCGGACUGGUUCUCUAGGCUGCGGCCUAUUGAACUCAAGAAGUUGGAUAAUGACCAACUAUGGAUAUUGCGGAUGAUGCUCUCGAGACCGGAUAGGAAGGAAAGACCCGUGUUGCGGGAACAGGGUGGUGGUAAGUUCGUUACCCUUUGUUAUUUUCCUUAUUGCCUAAGCCUUUGUGAUAACCUGCAUGCAUGUAUCAGCGGAUGCGGUUGGCUUGUGGAGGAUGUUUGAGCCUGAUUUCAAGGGCCAGGUUGAACUGAUCGCGGUUGAGCUGAAGAAAGGUUUCAACCUUGAAAUUCUGAAGAACUUCCGCGUACCAUCAAAAGCGGUGCUGGAAGCCCCGGUUCCGGGAGACGCAAGAGGUGUCCUUGCGGAUUUGGGGAAGUUUGAGAAACGCGUCCCCAAAAAGACUGUGGAGAAGAAAACGGUAAAAAAGACCGUGCGGGGUCGUGGUAAGGGGAGUGUUGAAGGCUCAGCUGCCCCUUCUUCCGUUUUCGAAGCCGCAGGUAGUGGUGCGGCCGCGGGUGGAACUGCUGUGGUUCCCCCCGUUGUUGGAGAGAAAAGGGGGCCAGAGCAGAAAGCUGCUGGUGGUGGUGAACCGAAGAGGCGGAGACUGCAGACCAGGAGAGUUGCUCCGGUGCAGAAGAAACCUGCAGUUGUUGCUGAAUCCCGAGAUGCGGGGUAUUCUUUUUUUGACAUUCCUGCGUCUCCUCCGCACACCGCUGCCGCGGGUGCGGGUGUAUUGAAGGAGAAGGUCGCGCCUAAGGAGCCUGCGGCCCCUUUUGCUGGGCCAGGGGACGAUAUCUCAAAUGACCCUGCGGCCUGCAAGGAGAUUCUGGGUGGUCUGGGCACCCCGUUUGAAGUUGAGCGUGCCCGUGCCGCACCCCGAGAGCUGCGUGUAAACCAGCUCUCGUCAAUGCUGCUCGAGAAGGACAAGGCUACUUUUGAAAAGCAGAAACAGACUUCUGAAUGGGCUGCCGCUGCCCAGCUGAAACAGGUGCGUACCCUUGCUAAACUUCUUGCUGAUGAGCGCAAAAGUUGGAAUGAAAAAAUGUCCAAUGAGCGCAAGAAGUGGAAUGCAUCAUGGGCUAAGCAGAAUGACAUUCUGUUUCAUGCUCGGCAGGAGCUGACAAAUGCCAAGGCAGCGAAUGCUACCUUGAGCCAAGAGAAGGCUGCUGCUGAGGCCAUUUCUGUGAAGGCGCUGCAGGCGAAGGCCGACGCCUUGAAGGCCCUUGAAGAGGUCAAAGAAGCCGGGGCUCGUGCCUCAAAGGCCCAUGAAGAGGCCGCAGAGAAGGAGAGCCGUGCUUCUAAGGCUCUUGAAGAGGCGAAUGCGGAGCGCAUUCGUUUAGGCAAAGUUGUUGAAAGCCUGCAGGCUGAGGUUCAGGCCCGGGAGGUCGUAGUUACGGACCUUACUACCCGCGUGUCUGCUGCGGAGAAGCGGGCUGACGCUGCUGCUGAGGCCAAGGAUGCCUUGGUGUCCUCUUUUAACCAACUGGAAGCUGACCGUGAGUGGCUGCGGACUUACGGCAUCGCGCGUAUUGUCGAGGCUAUCAUGAAUGCUCCUAAGACCUCAUCUGGUUUGGACCUGGUUAAGGAGCGUGCGCGCGAGGCUGGCUUCAAGGCUGGUUUUAACCGCUGCAUUGGUCACAUCAAUGUACUAUCCGCAGGUGGUUAUACCGAUCAGGAUGCUAAGCUCGCUUGUUUGAUGAAUUGA